CUUUCUCUCAAAGAAAAUAAAAGAUUAAAAAAAAAAAAGAAAAAGCAAACGCCUACUCUUCACGCACAUCCAAACCAAAAACCGAAACGAAACGCAUGCAUUUCUAGUUUUCUCUCCCUUUUUAAAACUCUUCUCCGUAUUAUCAUCAUCAUCAUCUUCUCUCUUUCCAUGGCUGUCGAUGCUCACCAUCUUCUCCUCUCUACUCCUCAACUCUUCUCCAACAGAGACAAUAACGACAACACCACCAUGGAGCCAACUAACGGCGGUUUCUGCACCAUCACUCAAAACGGUUACGCCGCCACAGACGAUCUUCUUCACAUGUACGGCCCUUCCUCCACCGCCGAUUCCUUCACUUACUACGCAGACGGUGCUGCUAAUCUCCAGACGAGAAAACGCUCCAGAGAUUCAAGAUCUGAUCACUUUCCUCAUCAUCAUCAUCUCCUUCAUCACAGCACUGUUGCUCCUUAUUCGUUCCUCGGCCAAGACAUUGAUCUCUCCUCUCAUCUCUAUCAGCAACAGCACGAUAUCGAUCGAUUCGUCUCCCUCCAUAUGGAGAGAGUGAGAUUCGAGAUCGAAGAGAAGAGGAAGAGGCAAGCGAGGACGAUCGUUGAGGCGAUAGAGCAUGGACUCGUGAAACGUCUUCGAGUCAAGGAAGAGGAGCGAGAGAGAAUCGGGAAGAUGAACCACGCGCUCGAGGAGCGAGUGAAGUCUCUCUCCAUCGAGAAUCAAAUCUGGCGGGAUCUCGCGCAGAGUAACGAAGCAACCGCUAACAACCUCCGCGCCAACCUCGAGCAGGUGCUGGCGCAGGUUAACGAUCUAACAACAACCGGCGCAGGAUUAGAAAACGCUAACGCUAACGCUGAUGAUGACGCGGAGUCUUGUUGCGGGAGUAGUUCGGGUGAGGAGAAAACGGUUAGGCGCACGGUAGUAGCUCGGAUGUGCAGGAACUGUGGGGAGGGGGAAUCGUGUGUGUUGGUCUUACCGUGCAGACACUUGUGCUUGUGUGGAGUCUGUGGGUCCAGUGUGCACACGUGUCCCAUCUGUAGAUCUCCCAAAAACGCUAGCGUUCAUGUUAACAUGUCACCUUGACCCCUCCGUUUAUGGAAACUAUUCUCUCUUUUUCGAUGCUUUUUUCUUUUAAAUUAAUUGUAAGGAAAUUCGUAGAAUAUUUUUUAGGUAAAAAAUCUAAAAAUUGUGAGAGGAAACCUUGAGCAAAUCCUUGCUGAUAUUUAUAUUUUUCACUUUAUCUAAUUCAAUAUAUAUAAGAUUGU